AUGUCUUGUUUCGCCGAUAAUAAUGAAUUUGCAUCAUUAUCUACAUGCGGAGAAUGCGGUUUGAUGGGACCGUUAGAUAAAGUUGAGCAACAUUACCUCGAUUCGCAUUGCGUUGAUGGUAAUGACUCCUGCAAUGAGAUUGAAUACACCGAAGACCCCCAACUCGAAGACCCAGAAGAAUGCGAGACCGAGAAUAUUACAUCUUAGGUGAAAAAAACCUUAUCGCUGGGCCCACUAAUAGGGGUCACAAGUCAGACGGAAAUAAUGAAUGGUGUGAAGCAGAGACCAGACUUCUGCUUGACAAGUAUGAAUCCUAUUUGAAACACGUAGGACCGAUGAAGAAAUUCAAGAGAAAAAAGGAUAUGUGGCAACAGAUAUCCAAAGAUAUUAAGACUAUAUUAAAUAUUACAAAAACACCGACUCAGUGUGAAAAUCGCUAUAAAACAAUAUUGAAAAGAAAGAAAAAAGCUGUAGAUAACAAUAAUCAGACAGGACGCAAUCGAGUACCAGUAGAAUACGAAGCAGAAUUGGCAAAAAUUGCUGCACUUGAUGACAGCAUUGAACCCGAAGUACUACGAGAUAGUAGAAAUGUGAAAACGGCUGAAAAGCCAGGAAAUGAUCAAAAAUCAUUGAAAAGGAAAAGGGAAAAGAGUGUGCAGGAGGUAUUGAUGGAUAUUUCCAAGCAGAAAGAAGAGGCUAGGGAAAGAAGACACAAAGAAAAGAUGAAAAUGCUGGAAAAGUUUUUGGAACAGCAAAAUAAAUAAAUGGUGUCCCUGGAAGGUCUGC